GGCCGAUGCGCCGGCGGGGCGGCGGUGCGCUGAGGCGGCGCGGCGGGCAGAAUGCACCAGAAGCUGCUGCGGAGCGCCCACUACAUCGAGCUGGGCGGGUACCAGUACUGGCCGGUGCUGGUGCCCCGCGGCAUCCGCCUCUACACCUACGAGCAGAUCCCCCUCUUCCUCAAGGACAACCCCUACAUCACCGACGGCUACCGGGCCUACCUGCCCUCCCGCCUCUGCCUCAAGAGCCUCUUCAUCCUCUCCAACGAGACCGUCAACAUCUGGAGCCACCUGCUCGGCUUCGUCCUCUUCUUCACCCUGGGCAUCUACGACCUGACGGCCGUCCUGCCGGCCGCCGGCGCCUCCCGGGAGGACUUUGUCAUCUGCUCCGUCUGCCUCUUCUGCUUCCAGGUCUGUAUGCUCUGCUCGGUAGGAUAUCACCUCUUCUGCUGCCACCGCUCGGAGAAGACCAGCCGACGAUGGAUGGCCUUGGAUUACGCGGGGAUUUCCAUCGGCAUCCUGGGCUGCUACGUGUCGGGCGUGUUCUAUGCAUUUUACUGUAACAACUACUGGCGUCAGGUAUAUUUAAUCACUGUGCUGGCAAUGAUCUUGGCAGUGUUUUUUGCUCAGAUUCAUCCCAGUUACCUCACGCAGCAGUGGCACAGACUGCGCUCCAUCAUCUUUUGCUCAGUGUCUGGGUAUGGAAUUAUUCCCACCAUCCACUGGGUUUGGCUCAACGGCGGCAUCGGUGCAUCUAUUGUACAGGAGUUUGCUCCGCGUGUAGUUGUCAUGUACUUCAUCGCUGCUGUAGCUUUUCUCUUCUAUAUUUCCAAAGUUCCAGAGAGAUACUUCCCAGGACAGUUGAACUACCUCGGCUCGAGCCACCAGGUGUGGCACAUCCUGGCAGUGGUGAUGCUGUACUGGUGGCACCAGUCCACGGUGUACAUCAUGCAGUACCGGCACAGCAAGCCCUGCCCCGAGUACAGCGCCGACCUGUGAGAGGAGAGGUGCUGCGGUGAAAUGCCUGACUCCCUGGGUCUGGACCUUGCCUAAUGAGCUGAGCUCUGCAGUUAAGGGCUGAGGCAGUUCCUUUUCUGACUUGUGGACUGUUACCCACUUGCCAGGACAAUGUAUUGUGAGUUCUGAAGAAACCAACAGCGCUGCCCAGGAGAUGACUUUCGGUUCCUGCUCUGCAACCAAGCACCAAACAGGUCUUCCUGGAGCGGGGCGAUGGAAGGUGGGCUGUAAAGCUCAGCACUGGGAUCACAGCAGUAUUUUUUUGGCUUGGUAAACACCACCACCAGAAAUAAUUACCCUUCCUGAGCGAACGGGCCCGUGUCCCAGGUUUUCAGGUUUUGUUCAAGCUCGUCAUUAAGAAACGGCUCCUGGCAGUGUCCUUGUAAAACUGUGGUGACAGUGGGACCUGCUCUGGGAUCCCAUCCCAGCGGAGCUUCCUCUGGGGCCUUUGUCUGAACAAAGUGUUUAUCUUCAGCGUUGGUACGUAACGGAUAAAACUGAAUUCAGGGGACUCUGGUACUUUUCCGGACAAGCUCUUUGCCUUUUUCUGGAAGAUUACAUCAUCUGCCAUCGCUAAAUCUUCAUCUCAGAGCUUAAAAAUUGCCUCUCCCAAUGUGGGUAGUGCCAGUACUUCAAGAAGUUUCUCUAGAUCCCUCUGGUUGGAGUUAGUACUCUGAAGUGUUUCAGGAGUAGCCCUAAGCCUGCGUGUCCAUGUUUGUUACUGCCUUGCAAUCAGUAGAGUUGGUGAGAUUCUUUUCUUUUUGAGUUACCCUUGUUGAACAGGAUGAAGUAACACGCCCCGAGCAGUGACCCUGCUGGGGGUUCCAGUCGCUGACCCUUGGCCUUGGGGCAGGUGCUGUGCAGACUUUGGCACCGAGAGUGAGUUAUUGCCAUAAGCUCUGCUCACAGUGAGGUACUGCCCGAAACUUGCUGCAGUAAAAAGGAUUGUCUUGGGUUUUAGAGUCUGCCAUGAUUUUAGAACCUGUGCCAGAGAGCAGAGAUCCCCCAACUCUUUCUGCUGUGACUAAUCUGUCCUGGGAUUACAAACCACCCGAGGUGCCCUCACCCCAGCUCCCUGCCUCACCUGCAGUGUGGCCUCCACAGCUCCCGGCAGCUUCUCUCCCGCUUUGGGACGGUCUGACAGCAGCCACAGGGGCCUCGGAAGACUCCAGAGCAGUUCUCUUGCACCUGAGGCUGAGGAAGAGACGGGAUGAAGCACGAGAAGCCCUUCAUGAACUGUCAGCCUCGGCCCUGCUGAGCUGUGUCCCCUUCCCUCUCAGAGACGGGCUUCAGCUUCCUCGGUGGGGCAGGGGAUGCCCAGGAGAUGGGGAAUACCCAUGGAAAAGUACCCUUGGGCACCAGGACACUCAUUGGGGAUGGAGAAGGCAGGCACCAACCUCUCUGGUUGCUGGAGAGUAACCCUGACUGUCUCUUUAGUUCAGUGGGUGGUUUGGGGUUGGUUUUUUUUUUCCAAAUCCAGAAACAAGUAGUGGCAAGAACUGACAUUUAACAUGCAACUCCCAGACCUUUGAGCCUUUCAGUGCAAACACUGAUUUUUUUGAUUUUUUUUUUUUUUUAAAACUUGACAGCCAAGCAAGUCUCAAGUGCACUAAUUACUACUACUGACGCCUGACAAGGAACCUGCGAGUGUAAAAGCUUGUUUCCAGUGUUACGUGAACAAUAAUAUUUGAAGAAUGUGUCUGUGUACCAAAAGCAUUCGGAUUUAUAGUUUGCUAAUGUAUUUUUUUUAUGUAAACUCUUAACUGCUGUAGCAGUUUUCACUGGAUAAGGAAACUGACUGCAAAGCUGUACAUUUUUAUGACCCUGACAAACUUUAUCAAGCUGCAUGACAGUCUUCUCUGUACAUACCCAACCUGUAAAUAAAUUUGGGUUCACUGGAUGGUUA